CGUUCUCAUCUCGCGAGCUUUGAGGUGAUUGGCGGAGGCGGUGCUGCUCCGCCUGGCGCUGCGCUGCGGAGAAGCCGAGGGUGCAGCGGAGGCAGAGACCAUGUUCCGAGCGGUGUUUCCAGGGCAGCUCCGGCGGGCGGCUUCCUUACACCGAUUUCAGAGUACCCUGGUGAUAGCCGAGCAUGCAAAUGAUUCCCUAGCACCCAUUACUUUAAAUACCAUCACUGCAGCCAAAAGUCUUGGAGGUGAAGUGUCCUGCUUAGUAGCUGGAACCAAAUGUGACAAGGUGGCACAAGAUCUUUGUAAAGUAGCAGGUGUAGCAAAAGUUCUAGUGGCUCAACAUGAUGCAUACAAAGGCCUCCUUCCAGAGGAGUUGACGCCACUGAUUUUAGCAACUCAGAAGCAGUUCAAUUACACACACAUCUGUGCUGGAGCAUCUGCUUUUGGAAAGAACCUUUUGCCCAGGGUAGCAGCCAAACUUGAUGUUGCCCCAAUUUCUGAUAUCAUUGCAAUCAAGUCACCUGACACAUUCGUGAGAACGGUUUAUGCAGGAAAUGCUUUGUGUACAGUGAAGUGUGAUGAGAAAGUGAAGGUGUUUUCUGUUAGAGGAACAUCUUUUGAGGCUGCGGCAGCAAGUGGAGGUAGUGCCAGUUCUGAAAAGGCAUCAAGCAUUUCACCAGUGGGAAUAUCAGAGUGGCUUGACCAGAAAUUAACAAAAAGUGAUCGACCAGAGCUAACAGGUGCCAAAACGGUGGUAUCUGGUGGUCGGGGUUUGAAGAGUGGAGAGAACUUCAAGUUGUUAUAUGAUUUGGCAGAUCAGUUGCAUGCAGCAGUUGGUGCUUCCCGGGCUGCUGUUGAUGCUGGCUUUGUUCCCAAUGAUAUGCAAGUUGGACAGACAGGAAAAAUAGUAGCACCAGAACUUUAUAUUGCUGUUGGAAUAUCUGGAGCCAUUCAGCAUCUAGCUGGGAUGAAGGACAGCAAGACAAUCGUGGCUAUUAAUAAAGACCCAGAAGCUCCGAUUUUCCAAGUGGCAGAUUAUGGAAUUGUUGCAGAUUUAUUUAAGGUAGUUCCUGAAAUGACUGAGAUUUUGAAGAAAAAAUGAAUCAUGAUCACAUGUUAAGAAGAAAAACAGUGUCAGAGUAUUCAGCCGGAAUCACAGAACUUCAUGGAUUAUGUCAUUGGAAAGCGUGGAGAGCUACAUUUCAUAAUUCAAGGAAAAAUUUCUAAAAGAUGCCAUAAUGCUUUUUUUAUGAAACUGUUAUGUUUAUUUUUAACUAUUUGUGGCUCCAAACAAUUAUUUUUUGAAAUUUUCUAAUUAUGUAAUAAAAUCUAUAAUAAAGCCUGUCC